GAGCGGCUUCGGCGGACUUUGGCCGGCGCAAUUAGACUUUCUGCGACAUGUUAGACGUUUUUUAAGGCACCCCAGAAAAGCGGCGGAGUCGCUUCUUUUUUCGCGCCUUUAUUUUAACCUAUCUGAUUUUCCUUCCUAACCCUCAGCCUCACGAUUUGAAUUUCUUGGGAGUGAAGGGGAAGCCUGUUAUAGCACAUCUCCGUCCACCAAGUUGGGUCGUGGGCUUUUUUGGCCCCCUUGGUUUGAGAAUCCCCCACAUCCAUCCCGUACUUAUGAGGUGGAGGGUUUUGGGUAAUGACUGAUCCCUGCCCAGGUUAGUUAUGACUUAAAUUAGCUGCUUUGUAAGCUGUAUAGUUAAAAGCAGAUCUCUUUUGCCUUGUGGAUAAUUAUACCAUCAUCCCUAUUAAAUCUUCUGCUGUUCUCAGUUGAAAUGCCAACCAUUAAAUGAGCCACUGAGAUUGAACUCCCAUUAACUCUCAAACCAGAGCAAGCCUGUCCCACUGUCAUGAGUUAGUGAGAGAAACCCAGAGUUACAGAGAGAAGAUAAUAAAUGCCAGAACCAUUUAACUGACGAUUAGCUGCUGAAUCCUGACACUUUUUAAAAUACUCUUGCACCAAUAACUUCAUUGUGAAGAGCUCAGAAUAAAUAACAGGGAAGGAGUGACGACGUUCGAAUACACCAUGGCUAUACCAAUAACAGUGCUUGAUUGUGAUCUCUUACUGUAUGGCCGAGGUCACCGAACAUUGGAUCGCUUUAAGUUGGAUGAUGUGACAGAUGAGUACUUGAUGUCUGUGUAUGGGUUCCCACGACAGUUCAUUUAUUACUUAGUGGAGCUCUUGGGGGCUAGUCUUUCUAGACCUACUCAGCGAUCCAGGGCUAUUAGCCCAGAGACACAGAUCCUCGCAGCAUUGGGCUUCUAUACCUCAGGUUCCUUCCAGACUCGCAUGGGAGAUGCUAUUGGAAUCAGUCAGGCCUCUAUGAGUCGUUGUGUUGCCAAUGUCACUGAAGCACUGGUGGAAAGGGCCUCGCAGUUCAUUCACUUUCCAGCUGAUGAAACCUCCAUGCAGGCUCUGAAGGAUGGAUUCUAUGGGUUGGCAGGGAUGCCAGGGGUGAUAGGGGUGGUUGACUGUAUCCAUGUGGCAAUCAAGGCACCAAAUGCCGAAGACCUCUCCUAUGUGAACCGCAAAGGCCUGCAUUCUUUGAACUGCCUGAUGGUGUGCGACCUCAGAGGGGCACUAAUGACUGUGGAGACGAACUGGCCGGGUAGCCUACAGGACUCUACUGUGCUGCAGCAGUCGUCUCUCUGUAGUCAGUUUGAAGCCGGAAUGCACAAAGACAGCUGGCUGCUUGGUGACAGUUCCUUCUUUCUCCGUACCUGGCUCAUGACCCCACUUCACAUUCCUGAAACUCCAACCGAGCAUCGCUAUAAUAUGGUCCAUGCUGCUACUCACAGUGUGAUUAAGAAGACUUUCCAAACCCUCAACUCCCGAUUCCGCUGCCUGGAUGGAUCCAAGGGAGCACUGCAGUACUCACCUGAGAAGUCCAGCCACAUCAUCUUGGCUUGUUGUGUACUCCACAACAUCUCCCUGGAGCAUGGGCUGGAUGUUUGUUCCUCCCCAGUGACAGGACUCGUGGAACAGCCCCCUGAGGAAGAGUAUGAGCACAUGGAGUCCCUGGACUUCGAGGCCGACCGGAUCCGCCAGGAGCUGAUGCUCACUCAUUUUAGCUAAGGUGGAAGAUGGGGAGGAGGACGACUUUCCAGAAGUUGUGACAAACUGUUCCCCUCACCACCACCUACACGGCUGCAUCAUUUAGCAUGACUGAGUGUGGGGACACUUGUCAUAAACUGACAUUUAAUCUGUGUUUUAGGAGGGUUUGGGCUAUGCCAGAAUAUCUUGAUUUAUUUGCAAAUUUAUUGACUAAAGCAAGACUACAGUUCAGCACUAUCCGAUGAACUCCAGGGUGUGCAUCACUCAUUUGAAAGCUCACUAGUUGCAGACAUUUAUGGUUGUGCCUGCAAAAUCGGGAACACAGCAUGUAUACAGCUAAAAUAUUUUUGUUGUUGUUGUUUUAAUGAUCUGGAGAUUUCAAAUGAAAACAAUACAUGUUUGUCUUAAAUUAUGUGGAUGGUAUUUUAGUUUUUGUACUUUGCUGCCUGUAUAGGCAUAAUAUGAGGCAAAUGUGAAGAGUAAAUUUAAAUUGGGGAGUGGUCUUCUGACCUAAGUAAACAGCUAGUAAUCUAAGUUUGGAGUUUUGUGUUUUUAAGACAAUGUUAGGGAUAGUCUAAAACCUUCAUCUUUGACUUGUCUGCAGUAAUUGGACUGUGACUUGGACCUCGGUCCUAGGGAGAAUGUCUGGACUCCAGUCUCCUAUUUGCAACCCCGAGUAGGAGCUAGAGACUAACUGAGUUCAAAAACCCAAUCAGCUCAAGAAAGACAAUUCAAAUAUAGAUAAAAUAGCAAGCUUUACAAGGAAUCCAAAGGCCCUGAUAGAUUGAUGGGCAAAUUAGGCUCACACAGGUUUGGACAAUUCGCCUCUGAAUAGAUAACAUUGCUGAUGACCUUGAUGUUAGAACGCCUGUUUAGCCAUUCUAUUUUGAAAUUCCUAGUAUAGUAUAGUAUAGGAAGAAGAUUUAGGGAAUGAAGAAGGUGUGUGAAAGAGAUAAAAGGAAUAUAAAUGAAUUCUGGAGUUAGACCUACUUGGAUAUCUUGUGUACAAAGUGAUGGACAGAAUUUCCCAGGAAAGAAAUAAUCCCCUACCAAGUCUUAUUCUAAAAUUAGACUGACAUAAAAAAAAAAAAAAAAAAAAAAAAACUUGAUUGAAAUAAUGCAAGUGUGAAUUAGGUUCACACAUUGGUGCCUUUGCUGGAUUUAAAAAGAGACUUUCCUGAGGAUUGUCUUGUUCCCAGUUUCACAGCCACGUCACCAUGUGAUACCUCUAACCUGUCCUCUUGGAUCGUUUCCUCCCUGCCACUGGCAGUGUUAAUCUGGUGAUUUUCAAAGUAAAGAAAUGAACAGCUGAUGACAGAAGAAAUUGGAAAUAAAUUGAGGAUGACUCAUCCUCCAAAUUAAAAACAAUUAUGGAUUAUUAUCUGCUGUUUAUUUCCACUCCAAAUGCUAUUUUCCAUCAUCAUCCUACUCUUAAACAGUGGGUCCAUUUGGCAGGGGGUUGAGUCUAAUAUGUACAGUGAUGUCACUGAGGUGGGAGUGGACAAAUAAGUGACUGGAAACUUUAUUCAUUGUGCUGUAGAGAUGCCCUGUUAGAUUUUUUUCCUUUGUGAAGUUUAGCUUGUGUCCCAACCUUCCUUUGUCUCCCUCAUAAGGCAAUGUCUCAACUCUCACAGUCUUUCCUUUUUAAGCUUCCCGAGGUGGGUAUUUCCCCCUAAAAGUUGUGGUUUUAUUAUUUAUAUUGACUCAGGAAUACGUGCUGUCUACGUACUGUAAGUGGCAAGGUGGGAUGUGAUCAUGGAAAGUGCCUAGCAUUUUAGCCUUAAAUAACCAUUCUUAAGCAAAAUUGCGAUUUUUCACAACCUAACUCACUACAUGGUGACAUGCCUGCGUGGGAGGAAGAGUCUUGGAGAGCUUUCAGAAGCAAUUUCAAGUCUAUUACUUGUACGCUGAAGAUAUUUCCAAGUGCUGAACUAACUGAACACUGGCUGGCAGUGUUUUUCCCUGGGAGAAUUUUAUUUUCUAGUAAUUCUACAGAGUAACUGUCCAAAUCUAUAACUUUAAUAUCCUUUUGACUUGGAUUUUUACAGGCCCUCAUUUUUCAGUUUAUACUUUUCCCAAAGUGAUAUAGGGAAGGACGAAGGCCUUUGCUGAUAGGGGCUUGUUAUACAAUUGCCUGAGAAGGCUUCUCUGCUUGAGGCCCUCAGUGUGGAUUUAUAGCCUCUUCCUGGUAUGGUUUUGGGAAAGUGGCGAUAAUUUUGCCUUUCUUAUAUAAGCCUAACAUUCCCAUAGGUGACUCCAUCUGGCCAGCAUAGGAGCUUUCCAGAUUUGCCGUUUGUUGAUGUUAGGUGCUAUUGAGUCAGCUCUGACUUGUAACGACCUUAUGUACAACAGAAUGAAUCACUGGCCCAUCCUAUGCCAUCCUCGCAAUAGUAGCUAUGUGUCUUAGUCAUCUAGUGCAUGGCUUUAACAAAGAGAAAUUUAUUCUCUCACUAUCUAGUAGGCUACAAGUCCAAAUUCAUGGUGUCAGCUCCAGGGGUAGGCUUUUUCUCUUUGUCGGCUCUGGAGGAAGGUCUUUGUGAUGUAUCAGUCUUUCCUUGGUCUGGGAACAUCUCAGCACAGGGACUUCAGGCCCAAAGGACACACUCUGCUCCUGGGGCUGUUUUCUUGGUGGUAUGAGGUUCCCAACUCUCUGCUUGGUUCCCUUUCCUUUCUAUCUUUUGAGAGCUAAAAGGUGCUGCAGGCCACACCCAGGGAAAUUCCCUUUACAUUGAUCAGGAUGUGUCCUGGGUAAGGGUGGUGUCAGAAUCUCACCCUAAUCCUCCCAACAUAAAAUUACAAUGACAAAAUGGAGGAUAACCACACAUUACUGGGAGUCAUGGCCUAACCAAGUUGAUACACACAUUUUUGGGGGGACAUAAUUCAAUCCAUGACAGUAUGUUUGAAACCAUUGUUGCAGCCACUCUUGUCAGUCCAUCUCCUUGAGGAUCUCCCUCCUUUUCGCUGGUCCUGUGCUAAGCAUGAUGUCUUUUUCCAGCAUUUGGUCCCUCCUGAUGACAUGCCUUUUACAUAGAGCGCUGUCUUUUUUAGAAGAGCUGAUUUCUUUGUCACUCUAGAUUCUUAAAGUGUUCAUAGAUUUCAAUCCAUUAAUAAAUUCCACGGGUGAAUUUAUCCUAUAUAAAUAUUUACAAAGAAGGAAGAGCCUCCUAUCACUCUGCUGCCAGUGAUUUCCUGCUGUUCUGGAAUCUCUCCCCUUCCCAGUGUUGCUCCUACAUGGCUACACUGCUUCCACUUUUACCAUUCCAGCCCGAAGUAUAUGCACUACCCCACAGUGCGAUGAGACCAGGCUACAAAGGACCAGAAUAUAAUUGUAAUAGCAAAAUCAAAAAUUGGCUCAUCAUUUUGGCUGCUCUUAAAGCCAAGGCCUAACCCUCUUCCUGAACUUCCUAAUAAGAUGACACAUGAUACCAUGGACUGCCAGAAGAGCAACAAAUCUGUCUUGGAAGAGGCACAGACAGAAUGUUCCUUAGAAGCGAGGAUGGCAAGACUUCAUCUAACGUGCUUUGGACACGUUAUCAGGAGGGACCAAUCCCUGGAGAAGGACAUCAUGCUUGGUAAAGUAGAAGGUCAACAAAACAGGCAGACCCUCGAAAAGAUGGAUUGACAGAGUGGCUGCAACAAUGGGCCCACACAGUAAAAAUUGUGAGGGUGAUGCACGAUCAGGCAGUGUUUCAUUCUGUUGUACACAGAGUCACUGUGAGUAGCAACCAACUCGAUGGGCACCUAACCAUAACAGCUACAGAGUUAUUUCACCCUAGGUUCAGCCUUAUUGCUACCACCCAGAAUGCAGUAGAGCAAGUUUCCAAAUCCCAGAGUCAAGGUUGGGAGCAGAGUCUCCUCCCUUUCCCUCCCUCUCUCCCCCAGGCAAUUCCUCUAGGCUAACAUGCCCAAUCCUCUUCCUUGUUUAAAAAAAAAAACAGUUGCCCUUGAGUCGAUUCUGAUGCACAGCAAACCUAUAGGACAGAUAAAACUGCCCUGUAGGGUUUCUAAGGGGCAUCUGGUGGAUUGGAACUGUUGACCUUUUGUUAGCAGCUGAACUCUUAACUACAGCCCUACCAGGGUUGCUUUGCUGGUUUAGUCUUUCCAAAUUCUUUCCAUGUGAUGGACAAUGGCAAGGUCCAUUCUUAGGUUGACCAAUUAUCCCAGUUUUCCCAGAACUGUCACAGUUGCUCUGAGUCAGAAUUAACUCCACAGUAGUGUUUUUUGUUUGUUUUUUGGGGGGCAGUGGGGAGGCAGAGGAGGGUGUCACAGUUUUAGCAUUGAAAGACCCAUGUCCUGGGAAACACUUCAGUCUUGGGCAAACAGGACAUUUGGUUACCCUACUUCAGAGAAUGCACUAUGCUACCUUUAAAGUUAUGACUCCACCUGGAGAAUGCUAUACAAUGAACAAUCAAUACAAUAAUGACUUAUUGAGUAUUAACACCAAUAUUUAGGGCAUCAGUGGUACAACCCAGGAUGAUCUUUACCUCUACCCACUUGGUUUCUUUUUUAAAGUUCUUCCUCCAGUGUGAGGAGUAUCCUGUAGGUUUGGGGGUUUCAACUCCUUUUCUCUUAUGGACAAUAUUUCCAUCCACACAGACAUCUCCAUAAGAACAAAACAGUCGGUUGUUGUCACAUGGAAGCUUAAAUCCACACUUCAAAAGAAACAGUUCUCUAAAGAAAAUGUAUCUCUAGGAAUGCGAUUCUGCCUGCAGAAUAAGCCGUAUUUUCCAUGAUCUCACAGAACAGUAUAGCUCCAUAGCUGUCUCAGUUUCUCAAAUAUCUCCAUUUUCAGAUGGUCAUUUUAGAUUUAUAUUUGCAUAACUUUCAGGUGAUUUUCCCAAAAUAAAAGUCUCUGGCUUUUAAAAAGCAAAAACUUAUCAUAAACUUGAAAUUACAGUUUCUUAGCUUUUAUUACUGCAAUAAAGGUUCCAAAAUAAUGUAGUAAUUUAGGUCAAAUUUGAAUCAGGGGUGUAGCUCUAGACAUUAUGCCCCACAAACCUUUCUAAAAAAGGAAGCUUAUCUAUAGCAUGUAUUCUAGGAAUUCUGGGAAGACUGCAAAGAAAGGUCUCUUUGCCAGCUCCUCAUUUGGCUCCAGAAAUGUGGCAGAGACUGCUUGUUUAGCUGUCACUUAGUAUCCAUGUGCCUUCCACCUUCGGUGGGUAAAUGGCUGCCUGGGAUAAAGACUACUUCCCAGCUUGCCUUUCAUCUAGGUAUGGCUAUGUAACUAAAUCCUGGUGAGUAGAUAUAAGUGGAAGUGCCUGUGUUACUUUCAAGAUGUGUGGUUAUGGCUAGGAGACGUGCUUUUCCUUCUGAGCUUCCUGCUUUUUGGAAUGUGGUCAUGAUGGCUGGAGCUUGAGUAGACAUCUGGGAUCUGAGGUGAAAGCCACUUUUAGCCACUAAUAGCAAAGCAAUAAGAUAAGAAGGAGCCUCGUAUCUGACACUGAGACACCAUACUUACCCUGGGGUGUGCAUCUCUGAAUUUCUUUUAUACGACAAAGAAAUAAACCUCUACCUCCCUUGUUGUUAGUUGCUGUCAAAUGGAUUCCAGCUCAGGGCACCCAUGUGUGCAGUGCAGAACUGCUCCACAGGGUUUUCAAGGCUCUGUCCUGUAGAAAGUAGAUUUCUAGGCCAAUUUUCCAAGGCCCCUCUAAAUAGGUUUGAAUUGCCAAUUUUUUGGCUAGUAAUCAAGUGCUUAACUCUUUGUGACACCCAGGAAUUCCCUGCCUUCCUUGAUUACUCUUAUUAUUUGUUUAUGUGCAAAAAAGACUAAUAAUAAAUAAUAGGGUUAUAGCUGCCUCUUUCUAAGUGCAGCAAUACCUCUUACACAGAAAAAGGAAAUAACACAAAUGUUCAGCAAUGGGGAGCAUGAUCAGUGUAUCCCCUCAGUGGACUAUUGUGCAACAGUUAAAGAAAAAACUAAUAAGUUUUAAUAGGGGAGAUGAUAUAAUGAAAAAUUAUAAUGUAAUUGUAUCUCUCCUUGAAUUAAACUUCUAAAAAUUAUAUAUGGAUAUUUCCAAGCACUUCAUGGGAACAUGAACAAAUUAAAAUUAUACAUUUUGGAGGCAGACUUUUAAGUUGUUGUUUUUUAAGACUUUCAUUAAUGCUGCUAUACUGUUUACUCAUUUUAAAAGUCCUCUAAAACAGUGGUAGACAACCAAAGCCCAGUGUCUUGUCCUUAUGUAUGGCAUGUUAUGGUUGCUGGUCUCAUGUCUAUGUGUUAUUUUUAUGGGUUGUCCCUAAGUAUUUUCACAGACUAAAAGAAGAAAGUACAGAAAGUAACAAUAAAUUGUGAAUAAAAUUAAUGCUGUAAGGAUGUGUUCUUUCACUUUAAUUAAAUUAUAAAUUAUUCAAGGACUGGGACUAUCUUAUUUUCUUUUUAUGCCCUUCCAAGUCUCCUCACUCCUUAGGAGGAGGUAGGGUACUCUGUAUUACUGUUCACACUUGGUAAUCCAUAUUUGUAGUGAUCCAUGUGUUUUACUGAGUUGUACUUAGGAUGCACAUAUAAAUCCCUACUUGUGCUGAGCAUAUUUGGGUACUAAGAGACUUCAGAAACAGGCCAUUGUUGUGCAUGAAAAUGUGAACAUACUUUAUCAUCUGAUCCCAGAGACUUUUGAUCAUUAUGUAAGAACCACACCUGUGGUUUUAUGGUCCCUGUGCUAAAAAAAACCCCAACCUAUGGAUUCCAACCCUUUGCCCUCGAGCGGAUUCCAACUCAUAGGGACCCUAUAGGACGGAGUAGAACUGCCCCAUAGAGUUUCCAAGGAGCGGCUGGUGGAUUCGAACUCCUUAGCAGUCGAGCUCUUAACUACUACGCCACCAGGUGCCAGGUAAAUCAGUAUCUAGACAUGUCGAAGAA